AUGUCUCACGAAGAUUCGCAAACAAACCCCAUCAACAUCUCAAACAGCAUUGGGUCAACAACCAGAAUACCCAUACUCUACACUCAAGACUAUGAAGUAUGGGCUCAUCACUUCGAACACUACGUAGUUGGUUCUGAAGACAAUGGCUAUCACAUCUGGGAAGCUAUCAUGCUUGGGCCAUUUAUUCACUCAGGAUCGAACACAACUGUCAAGUCCCAAAAGGAGUACAACAAGCUGGUGGCGGACGUAGACAAGAUGUCGCAGGACGAGAAAGAUAAAUUGCUUUGUAAUGUAAAGUCCAUGAGGAUGAUCAGAUUCGCCUUGCAGUCUAACACCUUUCGGUUGGUUGGUUCGUGCACAACAGCCAAAGAAAUCUGGGAUAGAUUGAAGGAGCUCUAUUCGACCGAUGAAGAUUCGGAACACUCCAUACAAACCUUGUUGUUGUCUGAAUUUGGAGCUUUCGAACAGAAACCAGAGGAAAAACUCAUACAGACUUUCAAUCGGUUCAAUCAUCUCCUAAGUAAGAUAAUCAAGCAUGGAAUAGAGAGGAAAUUGAUCGAUCAGAAAGUAACUUUUAUGAAUGGGUUGAGACCAGAAUGGAUGGUCGUAGUAUCAACUGUGAAAGCACAUGAACAGUUCAAAUCCUACUCUCUAGCGAAACUGGUGGGAAUACUCAAGUCCCAUGAAAGCGUGGUAACCAAAGAAGCAAAAGUAAUUUUUGGUAUGGGAUCUCUGGCUCUUGUCUCAAAAGGAAAAAGUAUCCCAGAAGAUGAAGAAGAGACUGACAUAUCUGAGUGUGAUCAGACUAGUGAGGAAUAUGCUUUGAUGAUAUCCAAUCCGAAGAAGUUUGCAAGAAGAAAAAUUCCAGUCAACAAGAACCAAAACUGGCAGGGAAGUUAUAGCUCUGAGAAGGUUAAAGAAGAAGCGAAGAACUCCUCUCAAAAGGAUGAUGAAAAGAAGGAGAUCAAGCUUGCAGGAGACUCUGGAUAUGACUGCAAUUACUAUCACGGCAAGAACCAUUUUGCCAAAUAUUGCAUGUUAAGGAAAAUGGCUGAGAAGAAAGAGGAUAAGGAACUAAACCUGACCAAGAACAAGUGUUUUGCAGCCAAGCCAGUAAGUGAGAAGAUCAACGACUGCAAUCGGCUGAUCAAAAAGGAAGACGAGAUAAUAGCAGAAUGUGAAUCAGAAGUAUCAUCCGAAGAGACGUCCGUAUCAUACAAAAUUGGUCUGGACAAAAUAGAAACCUUCAUUGAUUCAAAGGAACACAAAUGUAUGUUAAAAGACAUUUUAGAUGAAAAUGAUAGGUUGAAAAUUAAGUCGGACACAAUUCACUCAUUUGACCAAUCUAAUGCCAAACUAGCUUCUGAAAAUAAAAUAAACUUAGAAAAUAUGUCUGAAUUUGAUGAAGAAAAUGAGAUGAGUGAGAUAUAUGUCGAUGAUGUAGUUGAUUGCUCUGAGUUUAUGAAGAGCGAAACCGGGAAUGAGAAACCACUAAUCUCAGAAAAUUCGGUGGAAUUUGCUCGUCUAGCAACGCAUAAGGAAAAGAAACUCAAAGAAAAAUUUGUGGUUUUUCAAAAGGUUCAAACUGUGCCGAAUCAGGUAUAUGCAGCUAAAGGAGUUACUCCUAGACAAACAGCAGAACUAAGAGUCUUGGUGGAAAAAGACAAUGCAGAAGGGUGCGAAGAUUUUUUCUGGUCAGCUCCUAUAGAUAAUGCAGACGAAACAAUAGGCUUAUCUGAGCAGACCUCUUGGAGAGUUAAAGGAAGAUACGUAGCUGAACCCUUAAAUAAACCCUCAAGUUCUGACAAACCAAGCACGAUUGAAACCAAAGAUAUUCCAAUAGAACCGAAAGAAGAACCGAAAGCACGAGUCAAAACAGCUGAAACUCAAAGAGACAAGCAAAAGGAAAGCUUCAACAUGCACAAAUCACAGAAGCAACUGGCUGAGAAAAAACGCUUAAGAAAUCAAAGAUAUGCAAAGAAUCUAAAUGAGCAAAAGAGUUACUGGAAUUCACAAAAUUUCAACUAUGUUCCUCCCAAGAAAAUCUCAAAGGACAACGGAAAGGAAAUAUCACAAGAGCCCUUGGAUGUUUCCGUCGUCCGGUUCGGGGGUGUGACAGUAUCAUUUGAUGAUGAGGGGCCUGAGAUAAUUGAAAAACAAUCCAAGAAGGUUCUGCUGAAAUCUGAACGUAAGGGAGAAAUGUACCCUCUAUGUGAAGCUGAGGAAGACAGUGAGAAACAUCAGAAGUGA